AUCAGAUGUUCUACGGUUGACAUUCAUAGAAGAGGAGCAAGGAGCUCAGCCAUGGCGGCGAAGCCCUGCUCCAACUGGCUCCCAGACGACAUCGCCAUCGCCAUUGCCGUCCGUCUCGAGGUCUGGGAUGUGUGCUCCCUCGCGAGCUGCUCGCGCUUCUGGAGAGCGCUCUGCGCAUCGGAUUGCUUGUGGUUCGCUCUGUGCAGGAAGAGGUGGCCGGCGUUGGCUUCGGACGAGGCAUCAUCCUCGGCUUUCCAGGGAUGGAGGUCUUUCUACAUCAAUAAUCACAUAAAAAUGGCUAAUAGAGCAUCCUCUGUUAUUAAGUUUGUGGAAGAGUGCUCUCAAAAUGAAUCACUUGAAGUUGGAUACUAUUUAAGAGCCAUUCGAGAAUUAUGUUCUAUGGAGGCUGGGUUUAAGGAUGUUCAAUUGUUUCUGUUCACAAGACAAAGCAGUGCGCUUUUGAACCUGAUUGGAUUGCAUUACUCAAUACUUUCUCUCGGGAUACCUCCCAAUGAGGUAAUUGAAGCCCUUCAAAGCCAUCAUAUAGCUGAACGUCAAAUUUGUGUGAACUGGUUCAAGUUAGGCAGGUGGUUUUAUGGUUUCCGCUUACCUGAUGAGUCCCGUUCUCGCAAGAUCACUCUUGUGGAGCUUGCAACAUCUAAGGAGGAACCAACUCUUGCCAUGUUGGAUCGUGGUGCAAUUCAUGAGGUGUUGCGUGUUCAAAUCACUCAACUUACGUAAAUUAUCAUACGGUCAUUAUAAUAGAUAUGAACUAAUUUGUACAUCAGGCAUGCAGAUAUGUGCCUAUAUGUUUAUAUGUGUAAAUUUCCCAAUAAAAGAUGUAUUUUUAUCGGUCUGAUGUACAAAACCCUAUGUUGAAAAUGUUUAUUUUAAUAA